GACCCAGACCCCCCCCACCCCGGGGCCAACGCCCCCCACCAGAACCCUUAAAUAGCACCGCUCCGCCAGGCUCGGCCUCGGCGUCUCUCCCUCCAGAACCGUCUCCACAAGUUUCUCCUGCAGCCCAGAACCAAGCCCUAUAACAGACAUGGAGCGCACCUUCAUCGCCGUGAAGCCCGACGGCGUCCAGAGAGGACUCUGCGGAGAAAUCAUGAAGCGCUUCGAGCACCGCGGCUUCAAGCUGGUGGCCGCCAAGUUCGUGCAGGCCUCCGAGGACCACAUGAAGAAGCACUACCUGGACCUGAAGGACAAGCCCUUCUACGCCGGACUCUGCAAAUACAUGUCGGCUGGACCCAUCUUCGCCAUGGUGUGGGAGGGUCAGAACAUGGUGAAACUGGGCCGCAUGAUGCUCGGGGAGACCAACCCGGCCGACUCCAAGCCCGGAACCAUCCGCGGAGAUCUGUGUGUCAACAUCGGCAGGAACAUCGUCCACGGCAGCGACACCCUGGAAAACGCUAAGAUGGAGGUUGAUCUUUGGUUCAAGGCCGAGGAGUUCGUCACCUACACGUCCUGCGAACAGGCCUGGCUGUACGAGUAAAGCCCCGCCCACUCACCCUCUGGCCCCGCCCACAAACCCCUCUGGCCCCGCCCACUCACUCAUAUGCCCCGCCCCCGUGAUCAAUAAAGUGUUGCAUAGACUGCA